AGAACCAUAAAUAUAAGAGAUCCUAUAGAAUGUCAAUUUGAUGUACAAAACCGUGAAUAAAUAUUUGAUUGAAGCAGAGUGUUAUUUGUAUGCUAAACCGUAUAGACCAGUCCUGCCACACUUGUACAGCUCAUUAGAUAAGUGGUAAACACUUAACAGCUGUAAAAUCAUGGGAACGGAAGGAGGCUAUGGAGGCAUGGCAACGAAAGGAAGAAAUGGACGAGAAAAGAAGAGUAAAAGUGGAAAAGUUCUUGUGGCGGCUAUCAACUUUGGGACAACAUUUUCUGGAUACGCUUUUUCCUUUAAUCAUGACUAUGAAAUAGACCCGACGAAAGUAACAAUAAAUCAGGUUUGGAAGACAGGCUCUUUCACACGCAUUUCGUUGAAAACACCUACCAUUCUUCUUCUUGACAAUAAGAAACAUUUCGUUGCCUUUGGUUACGAGGCUGAAGAACGAUAUUCUGAAAUAGUAGCAGAGGAAGGCCAAAAUGAUUAUUACUACUACCGGCGAUUCAAAAUGCUUCUAUACAAGGGUGAUCAUUUAACAAGAGACGUUAUGAUCGGAGACGACAAAGGACGUCUGAUGUCUGCCCUUCAAGUGUUUAGUAUAUCAAUCGAAUAUCUCAGAAAACACUUAGAGGAAACACUUAAUAAAAGAAUGGACGGUUUAGUAACAGAUGACAUUCGCUGGGUUCUGACUGUCCCUGCUAUAUCGAAUGACGGAGCCAAACAGUUUAUGAGGGAGGCUGCAGAAAAGGCGGGAAUCGCCAAAGAAAGUCUAAUUAUCGCCCUUGAACCAGAGGCUGCGUCCCUGUUCUGUAUGUAUCUGCUGCCGGUCGACAAAAUUCAUGGAGGAUCCGAAACAAAAACACCGACGAUUUCACCUUUUACCAAAGGGACUCGAUACAUGGUCGUAUAUGUAGGAGGUAGAACUGUUGAUAUAAUCAUCCACGAAGUUGUAGAAGAUAGUAAACUGAAAGAACUAAAUUAUGCAAGCGUUGGCACGUGUAGUGGAGCGGGUGUUGAUGCGGCGUUUGAGAAAUUUUUGCGGAGCAUUGUUGAUACCGAUACACAGAAGGACAAAUCCGUUUUCGACAAGUUCAUGCAGGAGGCCAAAGAAGAUUGGGUUGAACUAUUUCGAGCGUUUGAGACUAAGAAGAGAGGGAUAAAAGGAAAGGGAGUUGGUGAUGAAAGGUCAAAAGAGACAAUUAAAGUCCCACCUAGUCUUGCUGAAAUUUUCAAAGAUGUAACAGGCAAAAAUCUUAAAGACUAUAUCAAAACAAAGAAAAAGUAUGACGACAAGGUAACGUUGGUUGGCAACACAGUGAGAGUCGAAACAGGAAUAUUUAGGUCAUGGUUCGAUGAAUCUUGCAACAACAUAGUAAAGCAUGUAAAAGAGAUUUUUAAACAGAAAGCCAGCAAAAACACGAGUUCGAUUCUUUUAGUUGGAGGGUUUUCAGAAUCGCCGUUACUUCAAGACGCUAUCCGAACCAAUUUUCCUGACAAGAGACUUAUUAUACCAGAAGAAGCUGGUUUAGCAGUCUUGAAAGGGGCUGUAAUAUUUGGACAUAAUCCUGUGACAAUUGUCUCGCGCAUUGCAAGGUGCUCGUAUGGUAUCCUUGUCUAUCGAGAUUUCCAAAAUGGCGUCCAUCCGGCGAACAAGAAAGUAACGAUUGAUGGAAAAAUAAAAUGUAAGGAUGUGUUUGAUGUCCAUGUUAAAAAGGGUCAGGAGCUCGUUGUGGGGGAGGCGCAAUCCAAACAACGUUACACGCCCCUUGAAGCGGACCAGAUAUCUUUAGUUUUUGAUGUGUAUACAUCGACUGACGAAGAACCACUUUAUGUGACGGAUGUCGGAUGUACGUAUGUCGGCCAACUGGAAGUGGACGUUCCGGAUCUUUCUGGCGGGAAAGAUCGCGGUGUGUUUGUUCAAAUUAUAUUUGGCGGGACGGAAGUGGUUGUAGAAGCCAGGGAGGAAAAGACAAAUAAACUUACGAAAGCAAAGUUUGACUUCUUAAUGAGUGAUGAAAAUGCAAGUGACUCGUGCUAAUGUAAAGAUGUAAAGGUAUCUAGUUUAUGAAAACCAAUGACUUUUGAUGUCUUGAAAAAUUGUAAUAACACAUUCUUGAAGUUUAAAAAAAUUCAUGUUUUAAUUUGAAAUAAUAUCAAAUUUUCAAAAAUAACAAAAAAUAACAAAUGUGAAUCUACUUUUUUCAAAGGUCAAGCUGUUAAUGUCUCAUUGAGAUAAGAAAACAAAAUGACCGUCAAUAAAGUAGACAGGUAAUUUAGGAUUGUUUUUACUAUUCAAUCAUUAUUAUACAUGAACAUGAUUAUAUUUAUAUUAUUGUUUAUACAAAGAAACAGACAAAAGAGAGAUUUUUUCAUAACCGUCUUUGUUUAUUUCUCGACAGGAAGAAUAUUAUCGCAUUUUUUGAGUUAUUAAAUUUCUUCUUGAAAACGAAGGAAGGGAACCAAUCAAAGACAAAUCGGAGAGCCAGUUUGGUAUUUUUUAAACAUAUCUAGGUAAUUGGCAUCUAUAGUAGUUCCAUAGAAAUAUAUCUGGAUAAACUUGACCCAUAACUGUUCAAACUUGUAGAAAUAUAUCUGGGUAAACAACUGCACCCAUUAUGAAAACAAGCAUAUAUUUCAGGAUGAUAUAUUCAGUAAAGUUUAAUAACUGGAUUUUAAUCUGUCGACGGUAUCACGAAUUCAUUAAAAUGUGGGCAAUCUGCAUCUAUAAUGAUAAAUAUUAUAUACACUCCAAAUUUAAAAAUCCAAAAUUCAACAGAAGGACUACCGGCCAAAUAUAUCUUUAGGGACAAUUUUCAUAAGCUUUUGUUUCUCUUUAUGAUUUUGAAAGCAUUGUCUUCAUUAGUACCCUGUUUUCAAUUUCCGAAUUCGCUUUCAUGUAAGGACACCUGGUUCCAUGCAUUGCUACUUUGGUUCCAUAUAUUGAAUAAUUGGUAUCAUAUAUUAAGAAAAUCAACUUAUAUAUUGCUAACUCGGUUUCAUACACUGAAGAUAUGGUUUCAUAUAAUGUGAUAAUCAACUUAUAUAUUGAAAUUAUACAUGGCUACUUUGGUACCCUAUAUUGAAGAAUUGGAAUCAUAUACAAAAUGUUAUAAUAUACAAAUGUAUUGCUAACGAGGUUUCAUACACUGACGGUAUGGUUUCAUAUAUUGUAACUGUGGAUAAAUAUAAUGGAUUCCGGUUAAAUAAGAAGGUGUUUCAAUUCAUGUAUAGUCGAAGUGAACUUAUAUAUUAUCCAAAUGGUUACAUAAAUUGAUAAAGGACAAUAUCAGACAGCCAUGGCUUUCCAUAGUCUUAUAUAUAUUCAAUAAUCUUUCAGGGAAGACCCGUUGCUAAUGUUGAGAGAACUUGUGGGUCAACCCUUUUGCCAAAUAUGUCAUGUCAUUGUAUUGUAACU